AUGAAGACUACCACACUCUUCGCCCUCGUGGCCGCUGCCGCGAUGGGUUACGCCGCUGAGGCCGGUGAAGAAGGCGGCGUAGCCGCACCUUCUUACAAUCAGGGCUCAGACCCACACCCCCACCCACACGAGUACUCAGGUCCUCCGGUCUACGUCGCCCCACCUUCCUAUGAAGGCGGGAGUGGCGAAAACGGCGGCAGUGGCGGAAACGGCGGCAGUGGCGGAAGCAGCAGCAGCAGCAGCGACAGUGACGGAGGCCGAGGACAUGGCGGCCGAGGACACGGCGGCGGCAACGGUGGCCGAGGCGGCGGCGGCGGCAACGGUGGCUGGGGCGGUCACCGCGCCGGACGAUACGGUGGCAAGAAGUGGGGAUCUGGCGGUGGUGGUGGCGGUAGCAGGUACGGCAGCUGCCCCUCUUGCCUACCACCGCCCCCAGGCUACGCCGUCCCACCACCACACUACCCAGGCUACCCCGUCGACCCAAGCCAGUUCCCACCUGGCCCAUUCAGGAAGCACUUCAAGAAGAUCGGCGACAAUUGCAACAGCGUCUCGCAAAACGGCAACGGUCCUCACGCAGCAGGAUGCUGUAACAAGUCAGGCACUUCUGAUGGAGGUGACACCAACGGUGGAGGUGGUCUCCUCGGUGGUCUGCUCAACGGCAUUCUCGGUGACGGCCCAACAUGCACUCUCGACCUUCUCAGCAGCCUCUGCUCAUCCGGUUCCGUCGCCUGCUGCCCUGUCACAGACAGCGGGAACGGCCACGCCCUCCUCAACGUCCAGGGCGUCUGCGCACCAGUCACCCUCUAA